AUGAAAUGUGAUAGUUGUAAUUCAAUAUCUUAUUUAGUUGAUGGUGAAUGCGUAAAAAUUAUUUCUAAUUAUCAACCACUAAAUUCUGGAAAAAGUUCCGAAAUAUUAUUUAAAAGCCUUACAUUAGAUAAUUUUGCAGAAAUCACUGUAAGCAACUACUUGUUUUAACUUAAUAAUUUUUUAGAUGAUUUUUAUGAUAAUAAAAAAUUAACUUAAUCAACUGUAACACUUUGUGGGGGUUAUUAAAUAUUAGGAGGAGCUUAUCUUGCAUCAACAGGAGCUUCAAUAGAAAAAUCCUUUGCCAAUUUAAAACCACAUUGGAAGAUAGAUAUAAGCUUUGUAGCUUUUAAAAUAGAUUAAUGGUAAACACCCAGUAAAAUUUACAAUAUUUUAGUUUUAGUUGAUUAGAAUGGUACUACAAUUGAUGAACAAGUACUUGAAUAAUCGCCAAAUAUUUGUGGUAGAAAUAACUAUAGUGAUCAAAUUGUUUAGAUUACAGUAUAAAAUUUACAACAUAAUUUACAAAAUUUAAAUAUAAAAAUAACAACUGACUUAAAUGAUAAUUCAAGCGUUCAUUCCUUCGGUAUUCGAGAGUUCUAUGUUUAAAUCCAUUAUUGUCCUGACCCAAAUUGCCUUGCUUGUUCUGAUAUCAAUAGUUGUACUUCUUGUCAGAUACCUACUUUUUUAUAUUAGGGUACUUGUGUUAGCAAAUGUUAAGAUGGUUUCUAUGGAGAUAAUAUUUCUAAUUAAUGCUUAUAAUGUAAUAAAAUUUGUAAAACUUGUAUUGAAAAAGCUGAUAAAUGUUUAAGUUGUUAAGAUUCACUUUAUUAUUAAUAAUCCAUCAAUACAUGCGUUAAAGCAUGUGAUCCAAAUUAAUAUGCAGAUAAAAAUAAUUAAUGCCAGCCUUGUAACAUUAAUUGUAAUACAUGCAAUGGAGGUGAAUUCAAUAAUUGUUAGUCUUGUUAUCCAAAGAAAUAUUUAUAGUCAUCUAUAAAUACUUGUGAUGGUUAAUGUUAUAGCAAUUAAUAUGCAGAUGAUCAAACUAGUUUAUGUACUUAAUGCGAUACUUCUUGCAAAACAUGUUAAGGAAAGUCAUCUACUUGCACUAGUUGCAAUGAUGGGAGAUAUUUGAAACUUCCUGAAAAUUAAUGUGUUGUCAAAUGUGAUUUAGGUUUUUACGAAGAUAAAUCAACUAACACUUGUUAAAAAUGUCAUUCUAGCUGUUAAGGUUGUAAUGGAGGCUCAAAUAAUAAUUGUACUUCUUGUUAAUCACCAAAUUUUUUAUAGCAAUUAACAGGAAAAUGUGUUAACGAUUGUGGUAGUAAUUAUUAUGGUGAAAAAUCAACGAGUAUUUGUACUAUCUGCCAUAAGUCAUGUAAAGAUUGUUUAGGAGGAACAUCAAAUGAUUGUCUAAGUUGCAAUGAUGGAACAUUUUUAUAACUCCCAUAAAAAUAAUGUGUUGUAAAUUGUGAUUUAGGAUAUUAUGGAGAUCCUUAAAUAAACUCAUGUUAAAAAUGUAACCCCAACUGUAAAGGCUGUAAUGGAAGCUAAAAAAAUAACUGUACUUCCUGUUAACCACCAUAAUUUUUAUAAUAAUCAACUGGAGAAUGUGUAAGUGUUUGUCAAAGUAAUUAAUAUGGUGAUAUAUCAUCAAGUAUUUGUGCUCCAUGUAAUAAAUAAUGCAAAACUUGUUUUGGUGGAUCAAAUAGUGACUGUUUGAGUUGUAAUAAUGGAACUUUUUAUUAAUAAUCUCUUAAUUAAUGUUUAUCUAUUUGCAAUAGUAAUUAAUACUAAGACACAAUCAAUAAUACUUGCAGUAGCUGCCACCAAAAUUGUUUAACAUGCUUUGGACCUAAUUUAAAUUAAUGUUUAUCUUGCUAAUUGCCUCUUUAUUUUGAUAAAAAUACAAAUUAAUGUACAAAUACCUGCAAAAAUGGAUUUUAUCCAGGUUUAUUUAAUAAUUUACCAAUUUGUUUAACUUGUGAAUCUGCUUUUGGAGAAGGCUGUAUUCUUUGUGAUUAAAAAUAAUGUAAUAAAUGUAGUUAAACAUUUUUUUCCAGUGGAAUUUAUUGUGUUGAUAAAUGUCCUUAAAAUACUAUUACUUCGUUUAAAGAUAUGACUUGUAGUUAAAGUUGUGAGUAAUCCUUUGUAGUUCAAGAUAAUGUUUGUUAAAGCAGUUGUAAAGAAGGUUACUAUGCUUCCUCUCCUUAAUUAAUAUCAAAUAACCUUAUAAGAAAGUGUGAAAAAUGUGAUAGUUAAUAUGAAUAUUUAUUGGAAUCUUUCUUUGCAUAACCCACAAUAACUAGUUCGGAAUUAUUAAAUUGGACUAAAGUAUUGAUAAAGAAAUGCGACUAUUGCAAUGAAUAUCCAACUUUAACUUACACCUGUUAACAAACUGAUUUCUCUGAAUUUAAUUAAAAUUAAAUUUUUGGCAUAUUAGAUGAUGAAAAUACAUACACCUAUUAAUUUUAGAAUGGAAUUAUUCCACAUUACUAAAUUUCUAUUAAAGUAGAUAUUUUACUUUUAAGGACAGUAGAUCCAGAAGAUGGUUUUUAAAUAGCUUUGUCAGAUUAAAAUAAUAAUCAAUUAUUUACUUCUAUCUGGUAUACAAAAAAUCACUAUACAGAUGGGUAUUUAAUUUGUUCAGAAAAGCCAGAUACUCUAAUCCGCUUUUCAACAAUAUUAUCACUUUCAUCUUAUAAUUUUAAUUUAAUAUUUCAUUCAAAGCUUGAUUAAGAUUAUCCAGAUGAAGGAUUUGGAAUUAAAAAUCUUAAUAUUUAUUUAAAUACUUGUCAUCCUUCUUGUUUUAGAUGCGAUGGACCAAAUUAUAAUAAUUGUUUAAGUUGUUCAGAUAGUUCCAAAUAUGAUGCAUAAUAAAAAACUUGCUAAUAAUGUAGUAGCGGAUAAUUUUAUCACUAAGGUCUCUGCAUAUCAUCUUGUCCUGCUUAGUUUCAAGGAGAUUAAAAUUAUAUAUGUGUAAAAAUAUAAAAUAAUUGCGAUAGUUAUGAUUUAUCUAUGAUGAAAUGCAAUAGAUGCAAGCCAAUCUCAUUUUACAUGAUUGAUGGUGAAUGUGUGUCAUAAAUAUCGUAGUUAUAUAAACCAUUAGUUUCUGCAGCAAAUUCAGAGAUAUUAUUUAAAAGUCUAACAUUAGACAGCUUUGGAGAGAUCACUGUCAGUAAUUACUAGUUUUAAAUAACUUUUUUUGAUGAUUUCUACUACGAGAAAAGAUAUACUAAUUCAACUGUAACACUUUGCAACAUAUACCAACUUUUAGGUGGUGCUUAUCUUGCAUCUAUAAAUUCUUAAAUUUAAAAAUCUUUUACUAAUUUACAGCCUCAUUGGAAAAUAGAUAUAACUUUUGUAGCUUUUAUAAUAGAUUAAUGGUAAAUUCUUGAUACAAUUUAUGCUUUUAAUGUAACAAUUGAUGAUUAGUUAAUUCAAUUUUAGAAAAAUAUUCUUUAACCACCAACAUAAAUUUGUGGUUUACAAAGCUAAAAUGAUCAAAUUGUUUAAAUUAUUGCUUUAGAUUAGCCACAUCAUUAAUAAAGCUUAGAUAUAAAAAUAUCAACUAAUUUAGAUUAAAAUUCAAGUGUACACUCCUUUGGUAUAAGAGAAUUCUAUGUUUAAAUCCACUAUUGCACUAUAACAAAUUGUCUUUCUUGUAUAAGUCUUACGGAGUGUAUUUCUUGUGGUAAUAACACUUUUUUAUACUAAGGUUAAUGUGUUAGUUAAUGUGAUGAUAGUUUUUAUGGAGAUACUAUUCAAAAUAAAUGUAUUGCAUGUGAUAAAAGUUGUAAAACUUGUUAUGGAGGAACAAGUAGUAAUUGUUUAAGCUGUAAUGAUGGUUUGUUUUUUUAAUAAACACUUAACUAAUGUCUUAAUAAAUGUAACGUAGAUUAAUAUGGAGAUUUAUAAACAAAUAUAUGCAAACCAUGUCAUCAAAAUUGUAAAACUUGUGAUGGAGGAACAAGUAGUAAUUGUUUAAGCUGUAAUGAUGGUUUGUUUUUUUAAUAAACACUUAACUAAUGUCUUAAUAAAUGUAACGUAGAUUAAUAUGGAGAUUUAUAAACAAAUAUAUGCAAACCAUGUCAUCAAAAUUGUAAAACUUGUUUUGGCGGUUAAUAAAACAACUGCUAAUCUUGCUAUUAAUCAACUUUUCUAUAGUAGUCGACAGGAGAAUGUGUUAGCGUUUGUAACAGUAAUUAAUAUGGUGAUACAUCUUCAGGUAUUUGCACUCUUUGUCAUAAAUUGUGUAAAACUUGUUCAGGUGGAUCAAAUGACAAUUGCCUGAGUUGCAAUAAUGGAACAUUUUAUUAAUAAUCCCUUAACUAAUGCUUAACUCAAUGUAACAGUAAUUAAUAUAAAGAUACAAUCAAUAACACUUGCUGUAGCUGCAAUUAAACUUGCUUAACAUGUUUUGGACCUGAUCCAAAUUAAUGUUCAUCUUGUUAAUUGCCUCUUUAUUUUGAUAAAAUUACUAAUUCAUGUAAAAGCUAGUGUAGUAAUGGAUUUUACCCUCAAUCAAUUAAUAAUCACCCAGUUUGUUUAACAUGUUAAUCUACAUAUGGAGAAGGAUGUAUAAUUUGUGAUUAAAAUUCUUGUAUUAAAUGCAAAUAGUCUUAUUUUACUUAUGGAGCUUAAUGUGUAGAUAUAUGUCCAUAAAAUACUAUUACUUCUUUUAUAAAUAAAACUUGUAGUCUAGAAUGUGAUUAACCAUUCGUACUACAGGAUAGUAUAUGCUAAAGUACUUGCAAAGAUGGUUACUAUGCAUUUUCUUCGAAAAGCAUAUAAAAUAACAUGAUAACAAAAUGUGAAUAAUGUGAUAGUAAAUGCUAGAAAUGCCAAAACAAUGUUAAUGACUGCACUGUUUGCAGUGAUAUACAAUCUAUUGAUUGUAUGAGUUUAGAAAGAUAAGGUUAAUAUUUAAAAUAAAAAAUAUGUGAUACUCUAGGGCUUUCGGACUCAUAAACAGAUUGUGAAAACUAAAUUUUAUCUUCAUAGGAUAUGGAUUCUUAAUAGAAUUAUUUAAUUUUUUAAAGAGAAAUAUAAGAUAGCAAUUCCAAUGAAUAUUUGUUACAGUCACUCUUUACUUAGAAUCCAAUACCUGCAGCUGAUUUGAGAAAUUGGAGUAGAGUUUUGAUAAAUAAUCACAAUAAUUAAGAGUAUCCCUAUUCAACUUUUACUUGUGUACAGUCUGCUUUUUCUGAAUUUAGCUCUAGUUAAAUAUAUGGUUUAUUUGAUUUAGAACAUCAAUACAGUUAUUAUUUUUCUAAUUCUAUACCCCACUAUUAAAUUUCAAUAAAAUUAGAUCUUUUACUAUUAAUGACAGUAGAUACUAAUGAUUUUAUUUAAAUAUCAGUUUAUGAUAAUAAUCUAAGCUAAUAUACAUAUCUUAAAUACUAUACAAAAUAUAAUAAUUUUAAUGACGGUUUUAAUAUUUGUUCUCCUCAAUAUUUAGAUACUAUGGUCCGUUUUUCAGCUAUAAUUAGUCCUUCUAAAAAUUUUAGACUUAUGUUUUAUUCCCAUCUUGAUGAAUUUUAUUAAAAUGAGGCAUUUGGAAUAAAAAACUUAUACGUUUAUUUAAACACAUGCCAUCCAUCAUGCUUAACAUGUGAUGGCCCUAAUUAUAAUAACUGCUUGAGUUGUUCUGAUAACAAAAAAUAUAGUCCUAAUUUGAAGACGUGUUCAUUAUGUGAUAACGGAUAAUUAUAUCAUUAUGGUAAUUGUGUAGAUUCUUGUCCAGGUUUAUUUUUAGCAGACUAUAUAAAUUAAAUUUGCUAAAUUGCAAAUAAGUAUUGUGAAAAUUAUAACUCUUCUACUUUAAAAUGUGAGAGUUGCAAUCCUUUGUAAUCAUAUGAAAUUGAUGGUGAAUGUGUGAAAUUAAUUUAAAAUUAUAAUACUAAAAUCUUAUUUAAAAGCCUCACCUUAGAUACCUUUGGAGAAAUGUAAGUUAACAACUACUAGUUUAAAUUAAAUAAUUUCUUUGGGGAUUUCUUUUAUCAACAAUAUGCUGGAUCUACGGUUACUCAAUGUGGGAAUUAUCAAAUAUUAGGAGGAGCUUACCUUGCAUCAAAAGGGGCAUCAAUCUAAAAAGUAUUUACGAAUUUGCAGGCACAUUGGUAUAUAGAUAUAAGCUUUAUAGCCUUUAAGAUAGAUGAUUGGUAAAAUCAUAAAAUAUAUCUAGAGAUUGAUAACUAAUAGGUAAAUAUAUAAGAAACAAUUCUUGAUGGAUCAAAAAAUAUUUGUGGUAUGAUAAACUAUAAUGAUUAAAUAGUUUAAGUUACAGCUUUAAACUUGUAGCAUACAUCAUAAAUUUUAUCUAUAUUAAUUUAUACUGAUUUAAAUUAGCUCUCAGCUUUUCAUUCUUUUGGUAUAAGAGAGUUCUAUGUUUAAAUCCAUUAUUGCUCUUUAAUAAAUUGUCUUUCUUGUAUAAGUCUUACGGAGUGUAUUUCUUGUGGUAAUAACACUUUUUUAUACUAAGGUUAAUGUGUUAGUUAAUGUGAUGAUAGUUUUUAUGGAGAUACUAUUCAAAAUAAAUGUAUUGCAUGUGAUAAAAGUUGUAAAACUUGUUAUGGAGGAACAAGUAGCAAUUGUUUAAGCUGUAAUGAUGGUUUGUUUUUUUAAUAAACACUUAACUAAUGUCUUAAUAAAUGUAACGUAGAUUAAUAUGGAGAUUUAUAAACAAAUAUAUGCAAACCAUGUCAUAAAAAUUGUAAAACUUGUUUUGGCGGUUAAUAAAACAACUGCUAAUCUUGCUAUUAAUCAACUUUUCUAUAGUAGUCGACAGGAGAAUGUGUUAACGUUUGUAACAGUAAUUAAUAUGGUGAUACAUCUUCAGGUAUUUGCACUCUUUGUCAUAAAUUGUGUAAAACUUGUUCAGGUGGAUCAAAUGACAAUUGCCUGAGUUGUAAUAAUGGAACAUUUUAUUAAUAAUCCCUUAACUAAUGCUUAACUCAAUGUAACAGUAAUUAAUAUAAAGAUACAAUCAAUAACACUUGCAGUAGCUGCAAUUAAACUUGCUUAACAUGUUUUGGACCUGAUCCAAGUUAAUGUUCAUCUUGUUAAUUGCCUCUUUAUUUUGAUAAAAUUACUAACCAAUGUAAAAGCUAGUGUAGUAAUGGAUUUUACCCUGGCUUAAUAAACAAUCAGCCAGUUUGUUUGACAUGUUAAUCUGCAUAUGGAGAGGGAUGUAUAAUUUGUGAUUAAAAUUCUUGUUUUUAAUGCAAAUCACCUUUUUUUGCCUAUGAACUUUAAUGUGUAGAUAUAUGUCCUUAAAAUACUAUUACUUCUUUUAUAUAUAGAAAUUGUAGUCUAAGAUGUGACUAACCAUUAGUAUUACAGGAUAGCAUAUGCUAAGGUACUUGCAAAGAUGGUUACUAUGGCUCUCCUGCAAAAAUCAUAUAAAAUAACAUGAUAUCAAAAUGUGAGUAAUGUGAUAGUAAAUGCUAGAAAUGCCAAAAUAGUGCUAAUGACUGCACCAUUUGUAGUGAUAUAAAAUCAACAGAUUGUAUGAGUGAAACAAGAAAAGCAUAAUACUUUAAAUUAAAACUAUGCGAUUCGCUAGGAUUUGUGUAAUAAUAAAAAGAUUGCUAAGAUUUAACUUCAUCAAUCGAUGAUAAAUACAUAAUUGAAAACGUUGUUUCAUUUAUAUCACUCAUUUUUAUGGUAAUUUUAGUCUUUACUGAUUUAAAAUUUGUGGGCUUUUUAAGCAUUUAUUACAUUUAAGUAGUAUAAAUGAUAGGAAACUAUUGCUUGAUAAACAUAGAUUCUCUUUAUAUGACAAAAGAACUUGCUUUAAAAUAUGUCUUAACCCAUAACUAUUUCAAUUUGAUUCCAACAAAAUAAAUUUUCCCUAAAAAUGAAAUCAUGAAAACCCUCUUUUCAAGCCAAUACUACCCUAUGCUGUUUACAUUAUGUAUAUCUAAAGGAGUGUUAAAUCAUUAAUAAAUUAUGGUAAAGUUAGACAAAUAUCCUAAGUGUCAAAAAAAUAUUUAGUUACUGGAUUGA